CCAGGGCCACGAUCUGGCUUUGGGGCUAAGGACCCCGGGGGCCUUUUCUCACAUUAAAGUGCUUUGAAGCCUCGUGGGCCCCUCCCCUCUGUGAAGCUGAGACCAGCGGUGUAAUGGCCAAGUAUAUCCCCGAGCCAGGCAUCUCUUCACUGGUGGCGACCAGCCUGGCCGACCUCAAUGACCCCCUGGAGCUGCUGGAGGGGGCCGGUGAGCUGAGCGGGGCCUUCUGCUGGAGCACCAACAUUGAUCACUGCAUCUCGUACCUCAACGAGGAGGUGAGGGUGCUGGGGCUGGCCCCACUCUAUGCGGAGGGAGGCUUUGACCUCCGGGCCCUGGUGAACGGCACCUAUGCCCUGCUGCGGCUCUACCGGGAGGCCUCAGCCAAGCUGGGCGCCAUGGAGGCCGAGGAGUUGAGGCGAGCUGGUGAGCUGGGCUACCUGAGGGGCCGGCAGAACAAGCUCAAGGUGCGAGUGGAGGCCUGCGAGAGAGAGAUCGCGGCUGUGCAGAGCAGGAACAAAGAGCUGCUGGCCUUGCUGAAAGGAGAGAAGGAUGAGCCUUGGGGUGCCCAGCAGGUGGUGAAGCUCCUGGCCACCCUCGCCAGCCGUGGGGCGCAACACCGCCACGAGUUGAGGAGGAAGGAGCAGGAGCUGAGCCGGCUGAAGGAGAAGAUGAGCCAGCAGCUGACGGACAAGAGGGACAGGCGCGCGGCCAUGGAGAUUCUCAAUAACCUGGGCCGGGCGGACGGCAGAAGGGCAACCUGGAAAACCGGGAAGUCACUCGGCAAGAAGGAGGAGGAGAUGUUCCGCUCCCUGCUGGCGGCCCAGGAGAAGCAGCUGCAGGAGCUGAUGCUGGAGAACGCGGAGCUGAAGCAGCUGCUGGACCAGCUGCGCCAGGACACGGGGGGCCUGCUGGGUGCUGCCCAGGGAGGCGAAGGGGAGCCAGCGCCAGAGGGGACCCGUUCAUCCAACGCGAUGCAGGAGCAGCUGACGCGUGGCAUCCGGGACCAAUGGUGCAGCUUCAAGAGCCAUGUGGAAAGUCUGGGCAGUCAGGCAGUGGCCGCCGGCUCCCAGGGGUGCGAGGCCGAGGGCGGGGACCCUGUGAUCAGUGUGACGGACCAUGACAAGGAGAUCAUGAAGCUGAAGGCGGAGAUUGAGGACAGCCAGCAACUGAUUGCCUUGCAGCAGCAAUGUUUCCAGGAGCAACUGAUUGCAGCUGCCAACAGCGAGCUGCCGGCCAACCUGAGGGGCUCCUACUUCCUGGAGGAGCAGCAGCGGCUGCAGGAGGAGCAGCAGGCGUUCCGGCAGCAGAAGCGAGCCUUCGAGGAGGAGCGCAAGAACUUCACAGAAGCUGCCAUCCGCCUGGGGCAUGAGAGGAAGCAGUUUGAGGAGGAACGAGCCCUGCUCCUGAAGCAGCAUUUCCUGAGCACAAUGGCGGAGCUGGGACCACUCGCCACCCAAGCUGCAGAACAGGAGAUUCUCCCCCAGUCAAAGAAAUGGAACAAGCCCACCUAUAACCCCUACCCGAAGGCCAACACCCCAGUGGUGCUGGUCAGAAGCCGGCACCUCGCCCCCAGUCCCGUCACCCCCAGCACGGCAGAGCUGCUCAGGGUGCUGAAGCUCAUCCCAGAUAACAGAUCCCCACCUCCCGCGCAGCCCAGCCAGCAGAGUAAUGACCAGAAGGAAAGCCACAAAGACACAGCCUGCCAGACAGAGAUCGAGGACUUCUGGCCCAUUAGCGGUGACCUUCUGGACCACUUCUUAGACAGCUCCUUCUAGCCCCUUGCUGCAUUUACCUGGAAGAACCUGACCUCUGUGCUACUUGAGCUUAAAGGCACUCGCACUCACACCACUGUUUCCACCCAGUCCCUCCAUUGCUGGAAGAACAGGGUCAGCUCCUCCCAGUGCUGCACAAUCUUUGACCACCACUAGUAACAUUUGUGUGUGUGUGUGUGGGGGGGGUGUUUCUCCCCUCUCUUUGGAAGAUCUAAUCCACCCUGAUGAGUGCUAACUUCUUGCUCAGACCUCCAUAGCUGCAGCCUGUGUGGAUGGUGACUCAGUAGAUGCCAUCUCACUACUAGCUCAUGAGUUGGGAAUUCUCUUCGGAGAGGAAUCCCUGCUCUUUGCUUGUAAGCUUUUUAUCCUCACUGGAGGUCUGAUAUUUUUACUUUUUGAUAGUUGUGGUUUUAAAUAUUGGGCU